UAUAAGAUCCUAUAAGAUUGUCUGUACCAAAACUGAAGGCACUGAAUAAACUCUAUUGCGCCCAAAAAAGCACGCGCCUUUAUAAUGAAACUGAUACUAAUAUCUUGUGGUGCUUUAAAAAAUAAACAUUUUCAAUUUAUAAUGCGUCACUUUAACAAAAGGAUGUGUGUGGCACUUCUUCUAGUCAGCCACGUCUAGGCAAUCAAGAACCGAGAGUGAAAUGUAUUCGGCUCAGACGUUGUAAAGAGAAAGAGUAUAGGGUGGAACAACACCACGAAUCAGAUUCACAAGGAGUCGAUUCUCGAGGAGUCGAUUUUCUGGAAUCGAACAGCGGCGUGAAAAUACAGCGAACAGCCCGUCGGUAUGCUUCCGUUUUGACUCCUCCUACAGGAAAGGACUCGCGUUUUAUUCCGGAAAUUAACAAACUCGUGAUGUUAGGAGGCGAGCAGAAAGGGUUGAGUUGUUAAACGUAGGAAAGGACAUGCUUUUUCGGAUUAGAAUUAUUUCUGAACACAUUGGCAUCAGCUCACUGUGAACUAUAAUGGAAGCGAUGAAACGACGGAAGACAGAUAUGCUGCGCCGCUGCCAUAAAGUGAAGUAACUGUCAUCGACUAACUGCUCUAUUUUGCGUCCUAGUCCGGGAUUUCCUCGCUUUCAGCUAAUAUGACACGGCAUGUUUUGGAGCAGGUGACAGAUUUCGGCGAUUUUACAAGAGGUAAAGAACUGAAAGACUUUUUAAAGCAGUCUUAUGCGAAACAUUCUUCAAAAAGCUGCUUGUCUAAUAUCCGCAUUAGUCCAGAUGGGCGACACAUCCACAUUAUCCAGCAAGCUCCGAGAACUGGUCUCAUGACCCAUGACAGAUACCAAAGAGCCCACCUAGUACAGUGCGAGGAACAUCUGGAUUUAGUCCUGACACGGAAUGUCUCCAUAGUAGACCUACUUUAUUUCAGACUAAACGACUCAGAGGAUGGAGUGCUUCUGCUUGGAAUAAUAUUUGAGAAUGGCAAAGCUGAAUUAUGGAAAUUCUCCGAGAAGAAAUCUGGAUGGAGCUUGCUUCAGACUGUGGAUCUCUGUAACAGCCCCAGAGCCAAAAUCGUUUCUGUGUGCCUCAGUCAGAAUUUCAUCAUAUGGUGUGAGCAGAGACCUCCCUCAGAGAGCUCUUCGGUCUCCAGUGUGGAUCGCCGUAACUUCACAUACUGCAUCUGUAAAAGGACUUUUGAUGUAGACGAACGAGGUAUCUCCUUGGGUGGAGUGAAAACUGCACUGCACAAUAAUCCUCAUUAUUCGCUUAUCAGUACUGGAGAUGUUGUAUAUUUGUUACCAAAUAUACAGGAAGACUCUUGCACAAGUGUUACAAAAGUGUUUUUGUCCUGGUCCCCUCAGAAUGAUGUCUAUAAGGUCCACAGUGCCAGUUAUGGGACUGUCCUUAUCAAAAAUUCCAAUCCAAAUAAACAGUUUGACUUUAAGGGAUUGGUCACUGAUUGCAUCGGCUAUCUGUCCACCAUUACCCCGCCUGACAUCUAUGGUUUUAGUCCUAUUGGAUAUGGGGAUAUCCUGCUCCUUCUCAGCUCGGGGUGGAUUUGCAUUAUGCAAAGAGAUGGAGUUCUGCGGCAGAUUUAUAAACUGCCUGACAACUGCCUUACUACAUGCGGGACUCAAAACAGCCUAAACACGUAUGACGAUGUCAUUGCACUAACAAUAGGCAGAAUGAUGUACCUAAUCGACAUUAAGUGUGGCGUGGAGUUGGAGAGGAUCCCUUUAAAAGGGGAGGGCCUCCUCUUUGUGAACUGUUUGGAUACUUAUUCCCCACAGAUGUUCUCAGAGGCUGGGUUAUAUAAGGUAAUCCAGAAGGAGAUUGAAGCAAAAGCCAAACCAUCAAGUGCUCAUUUAGAGAAUAUUAACUUGGGUGCUGUCUUGGUUGAGGCUGUGUUUGAGGAGGCGUGUAAAUAUUACCAACAGAGAAGUCUUAGCAGCACACAGCUAACAGCUGAAAAACUCAAGAAGGGUGGGAUGUUUCAGGCACCUAUCGCAAUGGCAGACAUCAUCAGGGAUUACUUGGGCAACGGUAAGACGAAAACGACGGGGAAGGAUUCUUCAGGACAUGAGAAACUGUUAAGCUGUCUUGACUCUGAGCUGAAGAGUAUCAUUGCCCUGGAGGACAUUAAGGCAUCAGUGGUGAAAGCCUCAGAAAAAGAUCUACAUAAUUAUUGUGAGACUCUGGUUCAGCAGGAACUCUGCAGACUUCUCAGCUCAGAAAUCGAUAGGGAAAACCUACAAUAUCUGAAUAGUAUGUUCCAACUAUUCCCUAGCGAGACCUGGCAAGCCGUACAGGCUGUGCUCCAACUCCGAUGCAACGGCGAGGGCUCUUUAUCUACCAAAGCUCCUGCUGAAUUAUGGAAGAUUGUUCUAAGCACUGUCCAAACAACACCUAAUUACUACAAUAGUAAGCAGAAAAACACCCCAGCCAAUGGUACGUUGCCAGUCUUCGAGUUGCUGUGUCAGUCCAUCUUUAAAUUCCAGCCCAGCUGGCUUCCCAGCUUUCUGGAGCUGGCACAGCAGCAGUCCAGCUCUUCAUCUACGUCUUCCUGGAAUUUUGGAAAGGAGAACUCUGAGAGCCUACCUUUAUAUAAACGGGCUCUUGCUGUCCUUCCCUGUAAAAGUGCCUGCCAAGACUUGGAGGUGGAGCUGCUUUUGUGUAGCCAGCGGCCUAAUGCAGUAAUGCAAGCCCUUCGCAUGCUCAUAGGACAAGGCCAGUGGGACCGUGUUACCCAGGUGGCCGAGAGGUACAGCCGUCAAAGCCCUCUUCUCAAUAAGGAGAUCUUCACCACACUGCUUAGUGAGGUGUCCCAGCACAGAGACCUGGACCCCUACCUGGACUUACUAUGGGCCCUUUGUCCAGAAGAUAUGACUGUUACUGGAAUUUUAAACCUAGUUCUUAAAAAUUUACCCUCGACUACACAGUCCUAUGGCCCAUUUCAGGGAGAUUCGCACAGGAGUCAGCUCACCAUUGGGCUUCUGAAGCCUCUGCUGAGUAAAGUUCUCCAGCGGGAGACGAGAUCCAGCCAGAGGUAUGCAGACAUUCUCCAGUCCCCCACCCUCCCUCCGCCUACGCCUCGACGUCAGGUCAUAGAGUUGGCUCGGGUCAACACUGAGCUGGACAUUGACCUAAAGGAGGAAACUCCAACUGGAUCGCCAGUCACCUCCGUCUGACAUUCCCAGACACAAAUCAGAUCAGUAUCGUCAUUGACUGUGGUUCUUUCACGAGCCAGACACUGCUGUCCUUAAUGUUAUUGCCGAUAACAGAUAUAGGAACCUUAAUGGGGCCUACAUUAAAGGCUUUUAAAUAUUGAUUGGUCUGUAGUGAACUGCAGAGUUUAAGUAUGGCCUAUUUUUAUUAUUUUUAAAAGGCCUUGUUUGGAGCAUCAUUUUAGGUUUUUUCAUUUAAUGACAUGAUUCUUUGAUUUCAUAUGAAUGUGCCCUUAUUUAAGCUCCAUGGAACAUUAAUUGUGUUAAAGAGGCAUGCUCUUUUAUACUGACCUGACUCAUGGGUGUCAGUCACAUCAUAGUAUAUUUUAUAUCGAAUGUGUCCAACUGGUUACUUUUAUCGCAAAUAGAACAAACCUUGCCUUAUUCAAGGGUAAGGGUUGCAAAGGUGUGCUGUUGUAGCCCAGUAGAGCAGCUUGAGGUUCAGUCAUUACAGGAAGUAAUGGCGUGGCGCUGCACUGAGCCAUGCUGUCUGCUUCUGGAAGUGAAAAAUGUGAUUAUUGCUAUAACACUACAUAUGAUGUUAUCUAAAUGUGCAUACUAAUAAUUAGACUUAACUGUAGUCAGUAAUGUGGUGAACAUCUAAUAAUAUGUUAAUACAAAAUGUGUAUAAAGUCACUAAAAACCUAUUUCUACAGACAGGUGACAAGUUAAAGGAUUAAACACUGGUUGUGUUGUUAUGUUGUGCCGGCAUGGUUCAUGUCUAUUGUCCCCUUUAUACGUGCCAUUACAAAUCAAUACAAACCUAUUCUGGCUGAUCACAUUUAUCCUAUGAUGAAUCAUUUCUAUCUUGAUGUGAGUGGUCUCCUCCAGCAUGAGGGCUCACUAAACGGUUUGAGUAUGAAAAUGAUUUAAAUCAUAUGUUAAUCCUUUGCAGUCACCGGAUUUAAACCCAGUUGAACACAAAUGGGAGAUUGUGUAGUUACGUUUACACUGCUCUCCACCACCAUCAUCAAAACACCAAUAUAUUUUGGAAGAAUGGAGUUCAUCCCUUCAGUACAGUUCCAAAUACUUGCAGAUGACAUGGUGGCCAACACCUUACUUCGAUAGUUUAUGUUGUUGUUUUUUUCCCUUUAAUUUAUCACCUGUCUGUGUAUUGAGUAAUAAGUUACUUGACAUGACCUUUCCAAGCAUGUAUACAAGUUUACCCUUAUCAAGAAAAUCCCAUUUAUGAACAUGAAAACCUUAUUUGUAUGCUCUUCAACUCCUCUUCACCUGUUAAACCAGUGUUGCAUGGCCUGUAUUGUACAUUUGAACAUGAUUGCCUCUUACAUUUAAUGAUUCAGUAACAAUUGUUCAAAACCAACUGAGAUUUUCAGUUCCAUUGGUUCUUAAAUUAAUGCAGCAAAGGCUGACAUGUGACAUGUGACAUUUUCACAUUUUGUCCAGUCUGCAUAUUCUAGGAAAUUCCCCAGAAAGAUUCAGGGUGACUUUAAGUAUGCAUGAUAAAGCAUUUAACAAUUGCCUUGGUGAUAUAACUAUAUAGAUAUGCAAAAGCCAUGAAAAUGUGUUUUGCACUUUUGUUGGCAUGUUAAUAUAUGAACAAAUAAUAGAAAAUAAUUAAGAAUUGUGUGUGUGUGUGUGUGUGUGUAUAUAUAUAUGUGUGUGUAUAU